AUGUUAAGGCGAGCACGUAGUCUUAGUAAUCAUCGUGAUUUAACGCCAUCAAUUUAUGAUUAUGACAAUGAUGAUGAUAUUUAUACAAGACGAGCACUUUCAGUGAGUCGUUUCGAUGACUCAUCUAUUGCUCGUUUUAAUAAACCCGGUAAUAAUGCGUAUGAUCGUUGGAAACGAUCCCAAUCUGUUGGUAGAUUUGAUCAUUUAAUAGCAGAACGACACAAACAAUAUCCUCUUUAUAGUACAUAUGAUUCGAAUUUGGAUUAUUAUCCUCGGCGUUAUUAUACAGAACGUACACCCUAUUAUUUCGAUUAUUCAUAUUAUAGAUAUUAUCGACCUUAUUAUUGGUAUUAUACACCCCGUUUAUUUUAUUAUUAUCCCAAUUAUCCGUAUACUUAUUGGCCUUAUAGUACAACGAGUUUAUAUAGAAGAUACUUUUAUGAACGGAUGAUGAAUUUAUACAGAGAUCUUAAUUAUCUUUAUGAUUAUUAGAUUACGUUUCCUUGUUUUAUAUGUAAUGAUAAAUUUUGAUUUAGGACGUUGCUUUUUUUGUAGUUGUAGAUUACUCAUAAGCAGAGACAUACAUUAUUUAAAUAUUGUAGACAGUUUACCAUAUACUAUUCGUCAGAGAUGCAACCAGGACUUCUGAGCCAACUCCGAGAGAGCUGCGAAAAAUCGUGAGGUAUAGAUGGGUCGAAUGGCUUUUCAUUGGGUUUCAAAUCUUUUUAUUCGAUGCCAGUUUUUCAUUUUGGAUUAUUCCCGGUUUCUUUUUUUAAAAAACACCUGAUGCCGUAGCAGAAGAUUUUUUGGGUGAAAAAAUAAAAUAAAAUGUUUCAGUACUCGAGUUUUGUGACAUAUUCGCCCAAAUUCAAACAGAACUCAAAAAGCAAACAUUUGGGACGAUUUCUUGAUCUCGAAAAUUUUUCUACGUGGAUGUACGCAAUCAUUGUUCGUUAUGAUGCAAUAACACUUUUAUCUGAUGGCUUAGGAGCUGUUAGAACACACACUGUGUCUGCUAACGUCACCGUCAGCUUUCGCAUGCUAGUAAAUAGAUUUUAUUCAGUUUUUUGUGGUCUUUCUAAUACAAUGUCGCUUAAGAAAAUUGGUUAACGGGUUCAUGAGCUGCAAUCACACAAUCGCAUGUCUUACAUAUUUACUCACUUUCAGGCAAAUGAUAGCGUGACUCCUCGUCAAUCUAAGACUUUCUUAUAUGCGAUGUAGAAAAAAACGUUAAGUUAUAUGCUUUUGCUUGAAUCAUAAUAGUGUAAUUUCGGGACUUAUGACUGUUUUAACUUUUGACGCAUUAAAGCAAAAUUCCUAAUAAGCCAUACUCUCAGGUAAGUAACAUUUGUUCAUCUAAGUUUACUGCAUUAUCUGGAAAAUUCCGCUUAAAACAACUGAAUAUCAAAGAGAAAUUGUAUUGAUUGUAAGAAAAAUACUCGGAUGGUGGUACACGAGCAAGAGAAAGAAAACUUUUUCUUGAACAGUGGAAUGUAUCUAACCCUAGUAAAAAUCUUAGACACUUUUUAAAAUUAUCUUACCAAGAUCUUAUAAGAUCUUAUCCUUUAAGAUCUUAAGAAGAUUUAAUGACUCUGCUUCCAUUCACCCCUUUGUUUUGCUCUCAUUUAUCUAUAUAGAACAAUUUUACAAGUUCUUCUACUAGAUUCGAUCUGCCGACCUUUCAUACGCUGCACUUCUCCAACUACGUAUUUUCCUAUUGCACUAAAUCGUGCAAAAGGAAACUACGAGUUAUGAUAAUGCAUUCGUAUGAAGACCGUACACUUACGUAUAUAUUUAAAUAGUCUUUACAAGUGAUCACUCACAUGUUACUAGCUAUACUAUAUAUAAGUGUCGACCUUAUUUUAACGUCGACACAAAGUGUACGAUGGCUCCUUUACUAGCAAUGCUAGUGAUAAGGUACCAAAGAUGAUGUUGUAUAACUCUCGAGCGCUUAGAACGAGGUUUUUUUUUCGUUUCCAAAUACUGUAUUCUCUAAAAAACCUCGUUCUAACCCGCUCGAGAGUUAUACAACAUCAUCUUUGGU